UUUUCACUUGGUGCGUAAUUAAGUUGUGGCCCUCACAGCAGUGGAUGUUGUACCUACAAGCCAGCAGUGUAAAAACCCAUUUAUUGCUAAAUGCUGGGAGUUUUUGUGGAAAAAUAUUGUUGAAUACUUGCACUGUUCCUUUGUUCUUCUCCCAAACAUUUGUUACUGGCCACUUCUACAGCAACAGAAUACAGAGAACUAUCAAUCUUGGUUUGAGCCACUGUGACCAUGCCUGGGUACUGAUUCUUUCAGCCACCUACCACUUGCUAUAAUAUGAGUUAAAUCUCUAAAUAUUUUGGUAAAAAUAGUCUUUGAACAUAUGUGAACUCUCAACAUAAUUUCUUUUUCUCUUCUUGGUUAGUCCUCCGGAUGAAAACAGUGUAAAAUCCUCACGGAAAUUAAUCCACUACCUUCUGUGAUUUAACUUGCUUUUGUGGCUGCAUCUGUGUGAGCAAACGUAUGCGCCUGUGUUGCACAGUUGCAACAGUUGCGUGCGUUUCCAUCAGCAGCCACGGAAAGUAUGUGCAGGCCUUUAGGAAUACUGUUCCUCAAAUUCUGUAGCAGACAAGCUGUUAUAUCCCUGCAGCAUGGGUGGUGUAAGUUUAAAUAUCAAACUUGGUUUGGAUUUUUUUUCAACCCCUAGAACUCCAAAACCUCAGCAGCAGUGUAAGGUGUUAACUCUAGAGGCUUUGAUAUGUGGGCUGAUCCCUUGAAAAAGGGUUGAUGCUGAAUUUAUGGAGGCUAAGCUUGCAAUGGUGGACCCUACCUUAGCAGAAAUGGGAAAGAAUCUGAAUGAAGCAAUGAAGAUGCUAGAAGACAAUCAAAGAAAAGUGGAGGAGGAAAAUGAAAAGAAGUAUGCACGGAAGGAUAUUCCUGGACCACUCCAAGGCAGUGGCCAGGAUAUGGUGAGCAUACUUCAGUUGGUUCAGAACCUAAUGCAUGGAGAGGAGGAAGAGGAAACCUCACAGACCUACCGACUUCAAAACGUUGGUGAACAGGGUCACAUGGCUCUACUGGGACAUAGUUUGGCUGCUUAUAUAUCAGUGCUAGACAGGGAAAGACUGAGAAAACUUACAACAAGGAUCCUUUCUGAUACUACUCUCUGGCUCUGCAGGCUGUUCAGGUAUGAAAAUGGAUCAGCAUAUUAUCAUGAAGAUGAUCGUGAAGGUCUCCUAAAAAUCUGUCGACUUGUUAUUCACACACGCUAUGAAGAUUAUACAAUAGAAGGAUUUAACGUGCUAUAUUCUAAGCAGCCUGUCAUAUACAUUAGUUCUGCAGCUAGAACAGGCUUGGGCCAAGCUCUCUGCAAUCAGCUAGGAUUACCCCUUUCUUGCAUGUGCCAUGUGCCUUGUAACACUAUGUUUGGAUCUCAGCACCAAAUGGAUGUUGCUUUGUUGGAUAGAGUGAUUAAAGAUGAUGUCGAGUCUGGAAAACUGCCUUUGUUGCUUGUGGCAAAUGCUGGAACACCAGGUGCUGGGCACACAGAUAAACUUGGCCGACUGAAGGAACUUUGUGAGCAGUAUAACAUGUGGCUCCAUGUAGAAGGUGUGAAUUUGGCAACUUUGGCCUUGGGUUAUGUCUCCUCUUCUGUGCUGGCUGCUACAAAAUGUGACAGCGUGACACUUACUCUGGGUUCCUGGCUGGGCCUCCCGGCUGUACCUGCAGUGACACUCUACAGACAUGAGGAUCCAUCUUUGUCCUUAGCAGCUGGGCUGACAUCGAGUCAGCCUGUAGAGAAGCUCCGAGCCCUGCCACUGUGGCUCUCCUUGCAGUACCUGGGCCACGAUGGGAUUGUGGAGAGGAUAAAGCAUGCCUCGCAACUAAGUCAAAGGUUGCUGGAGAACUUGAAAAACCUGGAUUUCAUUAAAACUUCGGUUGAAGAUGAGCUGAGUUCACCAGUGGUGGUUUUCAAGUUCUUCCAAGCAUAUUCAAAUAGAGAUCAAACCUCACAUGCUGCACAGGCCUCAACUAUUCAGCACCCCAUAAUAAGCAACGAAAGACACGUUUAUGACACUUUCAAUCAGUGGCUAGGAGAGCAGCUGGCACAGCUGGUUCCAGCAAGCGGCGUAGAUGUGGUGGAACUAGAAGAUGAAGGCACGUGUGUGCGUUUUAGCCCACUAAUGACUUCUGCAGUUUUAGGAACUGAAAUACAAGAUAUUGAUCAGUUAGUAGACUGCUUAAAAAUGAAGAUACCAGUAUUGACAAGCACGCUGCAACUGAGAGAGGAAUUUGAGCAAGAAGUGAGAAGAACAGCAGGCCUGUUGUAUAUUGAAGAUCUCAGCUGGCCAGGACUAGGUGUUGUAAGAUACAACUAUCACAGUGAUGGGAAGAAUGAUGACAAACAAGAAAAAGAACUAGAAAAAAUCAAUACAGAGCUUCUGAAGAAAUUAAAUGAACUGGAGUCGGAUCUCACUUUUUCUUUGGGUCCAGAAUUUGGAGGGCAGAAGAACUGCAUUUACAUUGGCAUGGUAACUGAGGAUCUGGACGUGUCUGAGUUAGUUGAAACUAUCGCAGCAACAGGCAGAGAAAUUGAAGAAAAUUCAAGACUGUUGGAAAAUAUGACUGAAGUUGUUAGAAAAGGGAUACAGGAAGCACAACUUCAGCUUCAGAAAGCAAAUGAAGAACGACUCCUGGAAGAGGGACUGCUACGACAGAUACCUGUAGUAGGCUCUGUGCUGAACUGGUUUUCUCCCUUCCAAGCCUCACCAAAGGGAAGAACAUUUAAUUUAACAGCAGGCUCUCUGGAAUCCACGGAAUCUAUGUACAUAUCAAAAGCCCAAGGAACAGGCACUACUCCACCACCAACUCCUACUUCCAGCCUCACAAAGCAAAGACUUCCUGGUCAGAAAGCCUUUAAAAGGUCUCUCAGAAGUUCUGAUGCACUCAGUGAGACCAGCUCCGUCAGCCACUGUGAUGACCUGGAGAAGACGGACCAGAGAGCCCCAGCUCUGUCCCCUGGCCAAGAGCAAGGACCUUUGGAGACAGAAAAACUGGAGGGCCAGGAGGUGGCAAGGGCAACACCACCAGACACUGAGGCCACUCAGAGUGACCAACCACCAUGUGACUGCACUGAGGCAGAGGAACAAGGAAGUCAAAGAUAAAAUCCUGACUGUGGAUUUUGGACCUUGCAGAGGACGCCCGUGCCCAGGAGGCAGGGCAUUAAUGAUGCAUUGAAGAUGUGAACAGUGCCACACACUCAUACAGUAAUAGCUACUGUAACUUAUUAACUGGGAUUUUGCACAAAUAUAGAUUUCCCCCAUGGGACAGGGGUUUGUCUUAUUGUACACGUAUUACAGUUGCUUUAAUCCUCUACAUGUCUGUGUCACCAAAGUACUAGUGAAGUUUACUCAGUGCUCAUAAUCAUUUGUAAAAGCAGUUGGCAGUUAUUCUUCCUGUAGGAAUCUAAGCAUGAUAAUAGCUACUAACAAACCAAUCAGCCAUGCACAUGAUUAAAAAUACAGCUGCACUCAAUAAUUGUAAAAUGAUCUUAUUUGAUGUUAAUACACGUAAAAAAAUAAUCAACUGCCAAUUGUUCACCUUUUUAAUAUUUAAAAUCCAGUUUAGGUCCUGCAGUCACACUCGCUCCUCUUGCUGCUGUUUUUUCCCUAUAACCAAGGUUGCCAAAGGGCUGCGGUGCGGUGAGUGUGGGGCUGGCUGGUGGGAGGCACAGAGCAGGACAUCGCCCCCAGUCACCUCCUCCUGCUUGGCCCAAGGUAAGUGGGGACUCUGUUAAUGAGUUUUAAGCCUUUUAGAAAGAACUAGUGCCUCUGCAUGCUGAAACCUCGCUUCUGCCCCCAGAAAGAAUCACCAACACAGCAUUAUUUUCCUUUGCACGGCCUUUGUAAACCAAAUACUGUUGAACAGAUUUCUGUAGUGUAAGUGGAGUUCUUUCUGUUGCGUAUUUUUAAAGAUAGUUGUAGUAAAGCUUGAAAACCCAAUACAUUUGUGAUGGUUUCAACACUUUUUUUGAAUAACAGUAACUUACCUAUGGUAGAAAUUGUACAGACUCUAAUUCUAUAGGUUAUUUACACUACAGCACAACUUCAUAGUGUCUGGACUACUUAAUGCACAAGCAAAGCUUUGGAUAAAUCUAAAGUUAAGAUGUACAGUCUUCUCCCCCCCCCCCCCCCGAUUACCUUAAUCUGUUUGCUGCAAACUGUCAGAGCCUCAUGUGGAAGGAAAUCUUUGUAAAAGCUUCCUUUCCCCAAGGAAUCUGAUUCUGAGGAAAACCACCCCAUCCUGAUAGAACUGGACACAAGGACUGUACUUUGCCCCAUUGGUGUUUUGGUUGGGUGUUUCUCCUCCCCCCAGCAGGUACAGGCACACAACGAUGGCUGCAGCAGUAGGACUGUCUUUUGAUUGAUAAUCUGUGAAAUCUGGGGGUGUUGCAUUGUUCUGUCUCUGAUCUGGCACUGGGUGCCAUGAACAAGGUUGAUUUUGCUGUUGGGGUUAUUUAUGUAAAUCAGCAUGCAGUUUCUCUGAAGUGCAAACACGAUUAAGUUGCCUGGUCUUCCUCAUGGGUUUCUUUGGUGCAAUGAAGUAUGUUAAUAAGAGUAAUUUGCUGGGGAUAAAGUUAUCCCCACCAAGAUUAAUUUUUAAUGUUUUUAUAUUUGGAAGUGUUAAACCAGUAGUUUUGUUGGAAUAAGCUUCAUUCUUUAGAUACUAUCUGAAUGUUUCAAUAAAGAUUCUUCAAAUUA